AUGUCCGACCAGGAUUUGAAAAACGCGAUUCUCCGACUAACCGAACUGGUAGUCAACCAACAAGAGCAGAUUCAACUCCUCAAGCGAACCGGUCAAGCCAGCCAACCGGGAAGCGAGAAGAUAAUCGAAUCAUUGGCCACGGGAAUUCAAGAUUUUUACUACGAUCCUGACGGUGGAGUGUUCUUCGACGCGUGGUUUGCUCGCUACGAAGAUGUCUUCAAGGUCGACGGCAAGAAUCUAGACGAUCCAGCGAAGGUGAGGCUACUCUUAAGAAAAAUCGGCACCCAGUUCCACGAGCGAUACGUAAAUAGUAUCCUGCCAAGACAUCCCCGCGAUUUUGGCCUGGACGAAACGGUGAAGAAACUUAAGAAACUUUUCGGUCAUCAAACCUCGCUGUUCAACGAUCGUUACCGUUGUCUUCAGUAUACUAAGAACGAAGCAGACGAUUUUUCAAGUUAUGCUGCCUCUGUGAACAAGCAUUGCGAAGCAUUCCAACUCACCAAGCUCACCGAUGACCAAUUCAAGGCGCUACGUUUUGUUUGCGGUCUACAAUCUCCCCGCGAUGCAGACAUCCGAACUCGAUUGAUCGGCAAAUUGGAAGCUGAAGAGCAUGCUCCGCCAGCAGACGACACAAAGCUAACCUUGGAAAAUCUCGUCGAGGAGUGUCAUCGGUUCAACAAUUUAAAGCAGGACACCAAGUUGGUAGAGAAGCCCGUUCCGGAAAAAUCCGUCGUCAACGCUGUUUCCACCAAGCCUGCUAAGAAAAAACAACCGAAAUCUCCGUGCUGGUUUUGCGGUGAUUUACAUUUCGUAAAGGAAUGUUCCUAUCAAGACCACAAUUGCAACAAGUGCAAACGAAAAGGGCAUAAAGAAGGUUACUGCUCAUCCGCUGAAUCAAAAUCAAAGCCAGCAAAGAAGUUCGAAAAACAAAAGUACAAGGCAUUUGUGAAGUCCAAAGGAAUUUCAGUGAAACGCAUCGAUCUUCAAGGGAAGAGGAAAUACGUUACUGUUGGAAUCAAUGGCAAAGAAGCUGUCCUUCAGUUAGAUUGCGCUUCUGAUAUCACCAUUAUUUCUACGCAGACCUGGGAGGCGAUAGGCAAACCAGCCAUCAGAGAAACUGACAUAACCGCCAUCAGCGCUUCCGGAGACAAGAUUAACAUGGCUGGUGAGUUCCUUGCAGACAUAACCAUCCGAAGCGUGACAAAAGCUGGCAUUGUCUAUGUGUCAUCAAACCCGGAUUUGAAUGUCCUUGGAAUUGAAACAAUCGAUCUAUUCCAUCUAUGGUCGAUUCCUUUCAACUCACUGGUCAAUGCUGUGCAUCAGAAGCCGGAAGACAUUGAGCAAAAGCUGCGUACGAAGUUCCCGGAAGUGUUCCAGAGCACACUUGGCCGGUGUACCAAAGCAAAAGUUAAACUCUACCUGAAGUCCAACGCCCGUCCCGUGUACUGUCCCAAGAGACCAGUUGUAUAUGCUGCUCUUCCCAAGGUGGAUGCCGAACUUCAACGUCUUCAGGACAAGGGAAUUAUCUCACCAGUGAAGUUUUCCGACUGGGCAACUCCAAUAGUAGUGGUCCGUAAGUCGGACAACGUUUCCGUCCGUAUCUGUGGCGACUAUUCUACAGGGUUAAACAAUGCGCUAGAAUCAGAUGCCCAUCCGCUACCACAUCCAGAUGAUAUUUUUGCUGAUCUAGCUGGCUGCCGUUAUUUCUCCCAACUCGAUUUUUCUGAUGCGUACCUGCAAGUCGAGAUUGAAGAGGAAUCACAAAAGUAUCUGACGAUAAACACUCAUCGAGGACUGUUCAAAUACAACCGUCUGCCGCCUGGAAUCAAGUCCGCUCCUGGUGCCUUCCAAAGGAUUAUUGACAGUAUGGUCGCUGGUAUUCCUGGAGUAAAACCGUAUCUAGACGAUAUCAUGAUUUCUGGUAAGACAAAAGAAGAACACAAUCGAAGCCUUCAUGAGGUCCUGGAGCGGAUCAAAACGUACGGUUUUCAUCUGAAGAUCGAAAAAUGUCGAUUUGGUCUAUCACAAAUUAAGUUCCUAGGCCAUAUCAUCGACAAAGACGGCUUACGACCUGAUCCCGCGAAGACAACCGCAAUUUCGCAAAUGCCAGCUCCAACCGACGUAUCACAGCUUCGAUCGUAUCUUGGAGCUAUCAAUUAUUAUGGGCGUUUUGUCAAGCAGAUGAAAGAGCUAAGAGCACCCAUGGAUUAUUUACUGAAACAAAACGUGAAAUGGGAAUGGACUGCGAACUGUCAGAAGUCGUUCGACAAGUUCAAAAUGCUGCUCACUUCCGACUUGUUGCUGACACAUUUUGACCCGAACAAAGAAAUCAUCGUCGCAGGUGAUGCAUCCAAAAAUGGCUUGGGCGCUGUUAUUAUGCAUCGUUUUCCGAAUGGUCCGAAGUGA